AUGUCGAAGGGAAGAUUUUACUUGGAGCAGGACUUCAACGCAUUAGGUCCAGAGGCCGACAAUGAUCUACACUAUACAGUACCUAGUGAGCACCAACCACUGCUAGAAAAUGAUCCCCCUACCCUACCAGAGGGCCUGGGUGACAACGAAAACGAUGAGCGGCCUGCGCCCAAAAACGCCGCGCUUAUUAUUUUCUGUGUUGCCUGCAUGACUUUUAUUGGAAGCUUCUUGGGCGGGCUCAUCACAGUCGAUAUUCCACAGAUCGCGUCAGAGUUGAAGUUGGACCCUGGGGUAGAACUAUGGCCAGUUUCCAUGCAAUCACUUUCCACUGGCUGCACCCUCUUGUUGGCAGGGUCCAUCUCGGAUGCAGUGGGGAGUAGAAAGAUAUUUCUGCUAGGAUGUUUCUUGCAGUGUAUCUUUACUGCCGCCUGUGGUCUUUCACAAAAUGGCACCCAGCUUAUUGCCUUUCGUAUCAUGUCCGGUGUCGCUAUCUCACUAUGCUUGCCCUCCGCGAUGAGCAUCAAUGUCGAAAAUUUUCCAGCUGGGAGGCUUCGAAAUAUGGCUUUUGCUUUUAUGGGUGGCGGCCAACCCAUAGGUUUCGGAACAGGUGUCAUUGUUGGCGGCGUUUUUGCAGAUACUAUUGGAUGGCGAUGGGGCUUCUACUGCGCUGCCAUUGCCAGCGCGCUCGGUUUCUUGUUAUCGCUCUGGCAACUUCCACUUCAGCCCAAGGAUCUAGAGAAAAUUGCAUGGGAGCACUUGGUAGUUUGCAUCGACUGGGUUGGAACCUUUGCCGCCAGUGCCUCAAUGGCAUUCUUGCUGUACGCGUUAGCUGUCAUUACAAACGAUGUACAGAAAAUUCGUGAUCCAGAUGUUUUGGGGCCCUUGAUUCUCGCUGGCGGUCUUCUCGUUGGAUUUGUUGUCUGGCAACGCCGCCAGGAAAAGCUUGAUAGGCCGACAGUAAUCCAGAAUUCACUCUGGAGAAACACGGCAUUUACUGCUGUUUGCAUGAAUGUGUUCCUAAUAUGGGGCUCGUUUAACGCUACCGAGCAAGUCAUCAACUUUGUGUUUCAACGUGUGCAAGGAUUGUCCGUACUUGCAACCUCCUGGCAGUUCCUGCCAAUCCCGAUCUCCGGCACACUGAGUAGCCUCAUUACUGGGCUUAUCCUGCAUCGGGUUCGGGCAGACAUUAUUAUAAGCACAACAACAAUCAUCUCAAGCUUCUCGCCAAUAAUGAUGGCGUUGAGUGAUCCAGCUUGGUCGUAUUGGAGGUGCUCUUUUCCUGCCAUUUUUCUCAACUGCAUUGCGGCCGAUUCUUUCUUCACCAUCUCAAACAUGGUUAUUGCCGGUGUCUUCCCUAGUGAAACACAAGGAUUGGCUGCAGGAGUAUUCAACACCAUCUCCCAGAUUGGAAAAGCAGUCGGGAUGGCUUUGACUGCGACGAUUGCAAAUGCUGUCACGGAGCAUGGAUUAGAAGAACCUGAUACCAGGAAUUCCGAAGAACGAUAUCGAAUCGCUUUAAUGAGUGGAUAUCGGGCAGCAUUCUACUUUUUGUUCGCAAUGAAUGUAAUGAGUCUGGUGGUCAGUUUUGUUGGGUUGCGAAAAAUUGGUUAUGUUGGAAGAGCGGUUGAAACCCGAAACUGA